GCAAAAACGACUUUCAAAAAACCCAUCCCUAAGAAACAUAUGAUUUUGACACAUGUCACACAGUACUGUCAAAAUAAAUUGCGUAGUAUAUUUGUUGUGGUUUUUGUUGAACUUUAAAAUGCUGAAAAUAACCUUAUUUGACUGACCACGAAUAUAUAACAAAAAAAAAACUAGGCUAGCCGCCAAAAAUGUCUCUCCGAGCCAUAGGGGGCAGGCUAUUUAAACAUGGAGCCUCGAUCCUACGGCAAGCUCAACGUGGAAAACCUGCCGGAAAACCCACCACACGAAAAAUCAGCAACAUCUCUAAACCUGUGGAGCAAGUCUCCACGCCAGUACAGAAGUCGGAUUUCUUGAGGAACAACCGCUACCAUGUAUUUAGAAAUAUUGGUAUUCAAGUGAGCCAAAGGGCUAAAAGAGUGCUAAUCGACGAUGUCUUAAAUCGCGUGUCGAGAAGCAGCGAAUGUGGUGUAUUUAAAGGGAUUUCACAGAGGGGGCUCUAUGGAAACUCUGGGCCUGUAUUAGCUCUUGUUGGGUUUGCUGUUGUUGGCCAGGGUCUCCUUACAAAGGAUGAGGAACUUGAAGGCGUCUGCUGGGAGAUCCGAGAAUGCAUGUCUAAAAUCCAAUCGAACAGAGAUUCUAGAACCCAACACCCUUCAUCGGACGACUCGCCUUUAACCGUAAAAAGUUUCGUCUUUGGUAAACCAAUAGCAAAAGGUGCAAACGCAGUUGUAUAUUCAGUAAACUAUGCCUCAGAAGCAGAGAACUUAAGACAAGGCAGCCAGUUCCCUCUGGCACUUAAAAUGAUGUUUAAUUAUGACAUCCAGUCAAAUUCCCUGGCUAUCUUAAAAGCCAUGUAUAGAGAAACGGUCCCGGCAACAGUUUAUUAUAACAGACAUGGAAUUACUGAUUAUGAAUAUGAGUUUUUAAAUAGGACAAGACAUCUGCCGGCACAUCCUAAUAUCGUUAAAAUCUUGUCUGUAUUCACUGAUUUCAUCCCCGAAUUGGAACAGUGUAGAGAAAUGUAUCCAGCUGCUUUGCCAAAGAGAAUAGAUCCAGAAGGAGAGGGUAGAAAUAUGUCCUUGUUCAUCUUGAUGAACAAAUACCACCAAAACCUACAGGAAUAUAUUGCCUCCUCACCAAAUCUUCCGUUAAGAACUUCUGCCUUACUACUUACCCAGCUACUGGAAGGAGUUGUGCAUAUGGUGGCAAACAACAUUGCUCAUAGAGACAUAAAAGCAGACAACAUAUUAUUGGAACUGUCUGAUCCUAAAAGCCCACUGGCAGUUAUUAGUGAUUUCGGCUGUUGCCUGGCAGAUAAAAGUACAGAUUUGGUGGUGCCUUAUACGAGUUUUGAUAUAGAAAAAGGAGGAAAUACUGCACUUAUGGCACCGGAAAUUAUAUCGAAAAAGCCAGGACCUUUUAGCAGGUUGAAUUAUCUUAAGUCGGAUAUGUGGGCGGUCGGAGCGCUAGGUUACGAAGUAUUCGGUGCGCCAAAUCCAUUCUACGGCAACCGUAAUACGCGACUGUUAAGUUCGACGUACAAAGACGAAGAUUUGCCAUCAUUACCGAGCUCUGUGCCUGGCCUUUUUAACCGACUGGUUAAAAAUUUGUUAAGGCGAGACCCCAGUGACCGUUUAAGUCCAGAAAUCGCGGCUAACGUCUGUCAACUGUUCCUUUGGGCUCCCAAUUCUUGGCUGGAUGAAAACACGAAGUUCCCCAACUACGAGGAGAUCCUGGAGUGGGUGCUCAAUUUGGCCGCUAAGAUACUUUGUGAGGCAGGAAACUUUAAGGAGGGUAAUAAGUUGACUUGUGUGGAGUAUUUGGUUAUUUCGACGUUUUUGUGCAGGGUUAAGUUGCAAAGGGUUAGGGAGGCGUUGGAAUGGGUCAGACAUGGUGGGGUUUAAAGUAUCUUCAAAAAUAUUUAUUAUUAUUUUAUAGAGAUUUUUAGACUUUCCUUAAGAACUUAUAAUAUAAGCUUUCUUGGGUCGUAUUUUGUAAAUAUUAUUGUUUGAAGAGGAAAGUUCAGUGAAAUUAUUGUUAUGUUAUAAUAAAAUUUAUAGUUUAUCUUUA